AUGGACCGCACAAUGCCGCCCUUCGACGAGGGCUUCUCAGAAGAAACAAACAGCCAGCCCGGCUGCGAUAGCAUCUCCAAACAAAAGACAUAUGAUCCGCUGCUGGAGCAACUUUUGCCCGAGGCCUACUCCCUACGUGAAGGCUCACGAAGUGAAUUCAUACAAAGGCUACUGCACACCCUUUCCACAAAAUCCCUCUAUGAGCUCAUUGAAAAGAUCAGCUCGCUGGUCUACUUCGAUCCAGUCGCGCGCCUACCCCACGAAAUCAUCCUCGAGGUCUUCUCACAUCUGACCGCCCAGGAACUUCUGACUGCUUCCGUGGUCUCGCGGCCCUGGAGAGAGGUCGCCAAGGAUGAACAGUUGUGGCAUGACAAUUUUGGACGCGAAGGAUGGCGCGUCGACCGAGCUAGGAUACGAGAAAUGGGGGACUUGGCCACGAAGAAGGGUGUACAGGUGGCGGAGCGGAUUCUCAAGACAGGCCACACACGACCAACACACUCCCUAGAGCGAAAGAGCAGCCGUAAGAGGGCGCGAGAUGAAGCUUUCAGCGAGGGUGAAGCCACCCAGGCCGCCGGCAGUGGCAACACCGCCGACGUGGACCCGGUAGAUGGAGAUCAGAGUGACGCGUCCGGAAGCAUGGAAGGAGUUGAGCCCACGGCAAACACGAUACGCUCCACGAAUGGCAAUAUACCAGGAACCACCAUUUCCGCCAAGGACGCUCUCAUGGAUUUCGAUACUCGACCAACAACUCCUGCAGUGCAUUCGGCAGUUGACUUCCCCACGGAACCUAGCUCAGUCCUUGUCCAGCUUAGGCCUACCGUUUUCAACACCCAGAAGAACCAGAGCAGUACUGUAACCAAGAUCAGUUGGCCAUGGCUUUAUAAGCAGCGUCGACGAUUGGAACGCAAUUGGGAUACCGGCACUUACACCAUGUUCCGCCUGCCACAUCCGGAACAUGAAGCCGAAGGCCAUACCGAAUGUGUCUACACUAUCCAGCAUUCGGGUAAUCACCUUGUCUCGGGCUCACGUGACAAGACCAUUCGCAUUUGGGAUCUCAAUACUCAGCGCAUGCGAGGUACCCCGCUGAUCGGACAUGCGGCCAGCGUGCUGUGUCUGCAGUUCGACCCGAGACCAGACGAAAAGCAUGAUAUCAUUGUGAGUGGUGGUAGUGACAACUAUAUCAUCAUCUGGAAGUUCUCGACGGGAGAGAUGAUCCGCACGAUCCAGAAUGGCCACACGGAAAGCGUGCUCAAUUUGAGAUUCGACGAUCGCUAUUUGGUCACCUGCUCCAAAGAUAAGACGAUCAAGAUCUGGAACAGACAUGAUAUACCUCAAAAUGAUCCGAUCAUUCCCACUCGGGUCAUCGAAACCCUUGGUGCUGAUCUCAACUUGAGAGAAUAUGACCUUAUUCCUGCAUAUACCCAGCUGGACACCCUCGUGGGCCACCAAGCCGCAGUCAAUGCUGUUCAGAUCAACGGAGAUGUUAUUGUGUCCGCAUCUGGAGACCGCACCAUCAAGUCCUGGAACAUACACACCAAGAAGCCGGGACCGAAUCAUCGUAAGUCGUAUACUGGGCACACCAAAGGCAUCGCAUGUGUGCAGUUCGAUGGUCGCCGCAUUGUCAGUGGUUCAUCGGACAAUUCGGUCAGAAUCUUCGACUUCGAGACUACAGCUGAAGUCGCAUGCUUGGACGGCCACAGUAAUCUUGUGCGCACCGUCCAGGCUCGUUUUGGCGAUAUGGACACUGUCACCGAUGAGGAACUACUCGACGAGGCAAAGAUGGCUGACCGAAACUUCUUGAUGGCAUUGGACAAUGGCAUGCAACCAGCUGAUGUCUCUCGCCGCCGCCGACCACGCAACGCCGGCUCGAGCCGUCCUCAGGAUAUGCUCAGCUAUGGGACUAAGAUUCCACCUGGUGGAGGCGGCAGCAAGUGGGCCAAGAUUGUCUCUGGUUCCUACGACGAGACCAUUAUCAUCUGGAAGCGCGAUCCCAGCAAGCGCAAUACGUGGAAGCCAAAUCAACGCCUGCAUCAAGGACAAUUCGGUGUGCAGGGACGUGUAAGAGCAAACGCCGCACGCAUUCCGCACGCGCUGCACCAUGGCAAUGCUCAAGCCGCUCCUCAACAUGGUCAGCAGCAGAACGCCCCGACACAGCUCCUGCAACAGGCUCACGGCCACCUUGCAAUCUCCAAUGCACUCCUCGCCCAGCCCGCUGUUGGUCCAGGUCACGGUCUGCCGCACUCGCAGCUCACCGCCAUGGCAGCGGCCCAAGUGAACCUCAAUCAGCAUAUUCAGGUGAUCGCCGGUCAGCAGCAACAUUCGCAGGCAUUGAAUGCCUUAAAUACCGCUGCCGCUCACAACAAUGCUCAUGCUGCAAUUGCUACUCAGGCCGUCGCAAAUCAAGCAGCCAAUGCACAGCAAGCGCAGGCCGGACCUGCACAACCUCAUGGGCAGCAGCCUCAACCAGGUCAGGCUGCACAGAAUGCAGCGCAACCCGCACCUCAAGCGGCGCAAGGCCAAGUUCAAGCAGCUGCUCAGCCUGUUGGCCCAGCUCAGCCGCAAGCUCCUCCACAACCAGGUCAACCGCAUCAUCAUCACCACCACCACCACCACCAUCACCAUGUCCACGGCCAAGUACAGCGGGGAGAAUCCAAUCGUGUCUUCAAGCUGCAAUUCGACACCCGACGUAUCAUUGCUUGUAGCCAGAACAAGGUCAUCGUCGGAUGGGACUUUGCAGCUGGCGACAAGGAUCUGGAGUGGGUCGGCGAUUGGAGCAUUGAGACCGAUUGAGAGGUUCAACCAACAUCUCGAUUUAUAAAGUGAAUGCAUACAAGCGAAGGCGUUGAAGGGUCCUAGUCUGUUUCUGUAUUAUCGCAGCCGUGACAUGCAACAGUGACGGCACUCCCAAG